AUGAAGUUCGGCACAGCACUUGCUUUGGGUGUCGCCCCGGCUGCUAUGGCAGCCAAGGUCCGCAACACCUACCCACCCACACGCCGGGCUUGGGAUUAUGGACUGAAUGCUCGGGAUGGUCACUGGCCCGCAGAGGCAGGCCAGGAGUCCGCGGUCAGCGAACAUGUCUCGAACGUGGAUCAAAGUCAGUGGUCCUGGCCGGAGGACAUGUCUGUCGGCAAGCAAACCGAAGUCAUCAUCAUUUGGCAGCACCCGGGCGGCCAGGGUCACGAGACUGUCAGGUACCACGACAAGGUCACAGUCACCGAGACUGUUACUGCUACGGCUCAUCCUGGAGCGGCUCCCACUGAGAUGCCUGUUGCUCACCCCCCUGAGGCCGCUGCCACUCACACCGUGACUGUCGGCGGACCCAACGGUCUUGUCUACGAGCCAGAGUCGCUGCCCAAUGUGCCCGUUGGAGACAUGAUCAUCUUUGAGUACCUUGCACAGAACCACACCGUCACUCAAUCUACCUUUGAUCUGCCAUGUGACCCUCUUGCAGGUGGCUUGGACACGGGCCACCAGCCCAACCCCGACAACUCAAUCGUGCCUGCUCCUCAAGUGGCCAUGCAGGUCACCACGAGCGACCCUUUGUGGUUCUACUGCAAGACAGGCAAACACUGCAGCUCCGGCAUGGUUUUCUCUAUCAACCCCACCGCGGAGAAGUCUCAGGCCAUCUUCAAGGAGAAGGCCAUGAACACAGACCAAGGCGACGGCGCAGCGGCUCCUCCUCCUGACGAGAGCGCGACGCCGGCCGAACCUCCCGCUGGCGGAGAAGCACCGGCUGAGGGCGGCGCAGAUGUCACACCUGGAAAGGGGACCGUUGGUCAAGAUGGAAGCUGCGUCUGCAUGGUCACCUGUUCUGCUGGGGGCUUCCCUGCCAGCCAGGUCCAGGGCGUUGGCGCAACAGGUGGCAUGGCUGGUACGCUGCCCAUCAACAUGGCCGGCCUCCGCUAG